AUGGCCUUCAUGGCGAGAGCUCUGUCGCUCGCGGGCCUGUUGACCACCGUCAAAGCCGUGGAGUACCAAGAGGUCACGUCAGUAGAUGGAGUCAAUCCUACAUGCGCGGAGAUGGCUACAGCCGGCGAGUGGCGAAAUCCGACGGAGGCCCAGUGCCAGCAUUAUGCCGAGGUGGAGGUUCCGGGUGGCUCGUUUGGAGGAACAGCUCCAAACGGUGCACCAUGCGGGUGCAGCACCCUUGACCCCAGUGGCAGCAACAAUCCUUUCUACUAUGCGCCAUGUGAAGAGGGAGCACCGACGACAAGCGUCGAAUUUCACAACAUCUGCGUCAAGACCGUCCUUUGCAAGUCCACGACCUGCUCCGAGAGGUUCCUGUAUUGGUGCCAGCAGACCACUGUGGGCUUCGGCUCCAACGACAACGAGGGGCCCGCGAGCUCUCCGACGGACAUCCUCGUUGCCGAGUGCGAACAAUGCAGAGGCGCCGCCAACACGGACACUUGCCCAACGAAGGCGGUUCGCUUGUACGAUGCCGCUCCGGAGGCGGAGCCGACCUCGGAGCUCGACAAGAACUCCGUUGCGGUGUCAGUGCCGCUCGGAUUGGUGUUCGCUCUCGCCGCUAUGGGUGGGGUCAUCGGCGUCUCCCGACGCCGCGCGUCCAACCAGCCAGUGCUCGUGGAGGACGAGCAAGAUCUGCUGCGCGAGUGA